UAUCAACGGCAAGUGGAAUCGCCUAACUGAUACCGAUUUUAGAAAUGGAAUCAACCGUAUCUUUUCUUCGCAAUACUGGUUGGUUUCUAAUGUUUGUUUUGUAUCGCUUUAUAUAUAUAUCUUGCAGCUACACGAGAAAUUAUAAAAUCUUCCUCAAACUGUAUCGAAGAGGAGAUCACGCACAAUGCUCUAACUUGUAGUGUAUACAUUGAUAUGCCGUCUGCUGUGAAUUAUAUUGGAACUUAAAUGUUUUUGCCAUAUGUGGCCCCUUUCUUUUUCUUGUGAUCAUCAUCUGUAGAAUCUACUCUUUAAUUUUUGUUUUCGUUUACAUCUAUAAAAUGCUUACCUUUUUGUAUAAUUUUUCCGUCGUCACGUCUUAGUAGUCAGUAUCCAGAAUUAGAUUUAAAACCACGAUCAAAUUAUAUAUCGUCAUAUAUAGUUAAGAUAACAAAAAAAAAUGGGUAACGAAGUUUUGCCUUUUUUGUUAAUGGUGACGGUGCAAGUUGGCUAUGCAGGGAUGAACAUUGUAGGAACACUUGUCAUGGAUGCUGGAAUGGACCCUUUCGUCCACAUUGCUUAUCGCCAAAUAAUUGCCACCAUUUCCCUUGUUCCCUUUGCUUACUUCUUCGAGUGGAAAACUAAGCCGCAGUUGACAUCAUCUAUUCUUUUCUGGAUUUUCUUAUGUUCUUUGUCCGGGUUAACCGCAAGUCAGAUUGCAUACUUCGUUGGGUUAAAGAAUUCCACUCCUACUAUCGCCUGUGCAUUAUCAAACUUAAUUCCAGCAGCCACUUUUCUCCUGGCUAUCCCUUUUGGGUUGGAGAAAGUGGGGUUUAGAAGUAAGUCAGGGCAAUCCAAAGUAUGGGGUACAAUAAUAUGUGUUGGUGGUGCCAUGUUAUUGUCCUUGUAUCAUGGACCUAUUGUAAUUGGUCAAUCUGGCAUCCAUUGGAAAUUUGCAGAAAAUACUGAGAAAAAGAACUCUACUGACCAUGUCAAUUUAAUCUUGGGACCUUUAUUGCUUAUUGUUAGCACUGUUUCUUAUUCAUUAUGGAUUAUUUUCCAAGCAAGAGUAAGCGAGAAGUAUGCAGCUCCAUACACAAGUACAAUGUUGAUGUGUUUAAUGGCAAGUUUUCAAUGUGUGAUAAUUGGGGUUUUUGUGAUUCAUGAUAAAGCUGCUUGGUUUCUAGACCGUAUGAGAACUAUUGCCGUUCUUUACAAUGGAAUUGUAUGUACUGCGUUAGGAUAUUGUCUAACUUCAUGGUGUAUACAAAGAAAAGGUCCUCUCUAUGUCUCCGUUUUCUACCCUUUAAUGCUAAUCAUAACGGCCGUUCUUAGUUGGACUUUGCUUCGUGAGAAACUAUAUCUUGGAACAGUUGUAGGAUCGUUCUUGACAGUAGUGGGAUUCUAUGGUGUCCUAUGGGGAAAAGAUGAGGAGAAAUCCAAGUCGGAGACAGAAAAUCUUGAGAUAAAAACAGAUAAAUUGAAGCAGCAAGGAGCAAAGUGAGAUUUAGAACUGCUAUUAUCUGGGCAUUCAAAUCCUAAAGCCAAUGCCAGUAAAUAGACGCUCCUAAGUAUGCAUUGAUCUUAUUGACUUUCGAUCAGUUUAGGAAAGAGAAAUUUUAGUAGUCCAAUGGGUUGAUUACGUAAACUUUCACCUUGUUGAUAAGGAUUUAAUUAUCCACCUUGUAAUCCCCUAACCUUCCCCUAGAGCUAUUUGGUCUAAUUACAAGACCUAAUCAUGAGUCAAGUUUGCAUGUUAACUUGUGUAAUAUCAUGAAGUUAUUAUGAAGCUUAGUCCCA